AUGGCCCCCAAGCAGGUCUUCCUCGGCACAUUCAUCCAUGCCACGGCGCUCGACAAGCUCGAGUACCUGCAUGACACGGCGGCAGCAGUGGAUGAGGCCGGCACGAUCGUAGCCGUGGAGACAGCAUCGACAACGGCAGACGACAAUGGCACGGCCUGGGUGCAGUCGGUGCUGCUGCCGCGGCUGGGCUGGACGGACGACGUGCACAUCACGGUCGGCCGGCCCGGACAGUUCUUCUUUCCGGGGUUCAUAGACACACAUCUGCAUGCGUCACAAUAUCCCAACGUCGGCAUCUUUGGCAAGUCGACGCUGCUGGACUGGCUGAACAAGUACACGUUCCCGCUAGAAGCAUCGCUGGCCGACCUGGGCAAGGCACGACAGGUAUACGGGCGAUGCAUCCGCAAGACUCUGGCCCACGGCACGACGACGGCGGCCUACUACGCGACGGUGGAUGUGGCGGCGACGAACCUGCUGGCGGACCUGUGUCUGGAGGCGGGCCAGCGGGCGCUGGUGGGACGGGUGUGCAUGGACCAGCUCAGCCCGGCGUUCUACCGGGACGAGUCGCCAGCAGCAGCCGAAGCAGCAACGCGGGCGUGCAUUGCCCACAUCGAGAACGUGGACCCGGAGUUCCGGCUGGUGCGGCCGGUGAUCACGCCGCGGUUUGCGCCCAGCUGCACGGCCGAUCUGAUGGACCGACUUGGGCGGCUGCACGCCGAGACGAAGCUGCCGGUGCAGACGCAUAUCAGCGAGAACGUGAGCGAGAUCGCGCUGGUGCGCGAGCUGUUCACGGGCACGGUGCCGCCAGUCGACGACGGCGAGACGGACGAGCACGGUCGGCCGAGCAAGACGGUGACGUAUGCCGGCGUCUACGACCACUUUGGACUGCUGACGGACCAGACGAUUCUGGCCCACGCCGUGCACCUGUCCGAGGCCGAAGCAGCGCUGAUCCGGCAACGCGGCAGCAAGGUCAGCCAUUGCCCGUGCAGCAACAGCGCGAUCACGUCGGGUGCCGCCCGUGUCCGCUGGCUGCUGCAGCGCGGCAUCGACGUUGGCCUCGGCACCGACAUGAGCGGUGGCUACUCGCCCAGCGUGCUCGAGGCCGCGCGUCUGGCCGCCCUGGUUAGCCGCCACGUUGCCAUGGGCGGCGACGAGGACGCCAAGCUGUCCGUCGAGGAGGUGCUCUUUCUGGCCACGGCUGGCGGUGCCCGUGUCGUCGGCCUAGGCGAUCGUGUCGGCCGCUUCGCACCCGGCUUUGCCUGGGACGCCCAGCUGAUCGGGCUCGGCCACGUCGACGCUGACGGCCGCAUCGAGCGUGUUGGCGACGACAACGACGACGAUGAGGACACCAACGUCGACUACUUUGGCUGGGAGUCAUGGGAAGAUCGCGUGGCCAAGUGGCUCUUCAACGGCGACGACCGGAACACGAAGAAGGUGUGGGUCAGCGGCCGGCUGGUGCACGACCGUGCCGCCAAGGGCGGUGUGCCGGAGUAG